AAAACUUCAGCGGAGUUGCACGUGGUCACGUCACGUGCGUUAUCAUUCAGAUCAAGAUGGCAGCCUCCGUGUGUCGGUGCUAUGAGCUGGUCGGAAGACGUCUUCUGCUCCUGCCAUCCCGUGCUGUCGUCUCCUCAUUCAAGAGAGGAGAUGCCUACAGGAUAUGUGGGUCUCCGGCUGUCCCUGUGCAGGUGCGGUAUGCGUCAGAACGACCUAGUCGUAAAGGCUUUUUCAGGGAGUUUGUGGAGAACCUGAGGCAGGAGUUUGGGAAGGACAAGGAGAUGAAGGAGAACAUCAAGAAGUUCAGAGAGGAGGCCAAGAGACUAGAGGAGUCGGAUGCCCUGCAACAGGCUCGGAGGAAAUUUAAAACCAUUGAGUCUGAAACCGUUAAGACCUCUGAGGUGUUCAAGAAGACCUUUGGGACUCUGUCUGAAACUGUGAAGGAGGGCCUUGAGGAGGUGACCCGUACAGACCUGGGGAAGAAAAUCAAGGAGGGGGUGAAGGAGGCAGCCAAGACUGCCAGGCACUCGGUUGAGUCUGUGUCCAAGGGGGGAGAGAAGCUGGGAGCGACCAGUGCCUUCAGGGCCAUCUCACAGGGGAUGAAGUCAGUGAAGAGAGAGAUUGACGUGGUGGACGAUGGUACUUAUAGGGCUCCUUCUCAACUCAGGAAGAGGAGGGAAUUCUCCUCCAAGGGAGGGGACAGCGACAACCGAGUGUUUGAGGCCAACGAAGAGGACGUGGGUGUUGUGCUGCACAAGGAUUCUAAGUGGUACACACAGUGGAAGGACUUUAAAGACAACAACAUGGUUUUCAACAGGUUCUUUGAGAUGAAAAUGAAGUAUGACGAGAGUGACAACGCUCUUGCCAGAGCAUCUCGAGCUGUGACCGACAGAGUCACCAAUCUACUAGGUGGUCUCUUCUCCACUACGGAGAUGUCUCAGGUGCUGACGGAGAUCUUAAAGGCAGAUCCCAGCUUCGACAAGGACUCCUUUCUCAAACAGUGCGAGAAGGACAUCAUCCCCAACAUCCUAGAGGCUAUGAUCCGCGGUGAGCUCGAGAUGCUGAAAGACUGGUGCUAUGAAGCCACAUACAGUCAGCUGGCCCACCCCAUCCAACAGGCCAGGGCCCUGGGUCUAAUGUUCCAGUCCAAGGUCCUAGAUAUAGACAACAUAGAUUUGGCGAUGGGGAAGCUCAUGGAUCAAGGCCCCGUGUUGAUCAUCACCUUCCAGGCCCAGGUGGUCAUGGUGAUUCGUAGUCCCAAGGGAGACCUGGUGGAAGGAGAUCCGGAGAAGGUGUUGAGGAUGAUGUACGUGUGGGCUCUGUGUCGUGACCAGGAGGAGCUCAACCCCGACGCGGCCUGGAGACUACUGGACAUGUCUGCCUCCAGCACCGAGCAGGCUCUUUGAGAGAUGAGGGACCAGACAAAGGGACGCUCCCGGGACACACACACACGUCCAGGUUCUACACACACAAGCCAGUGUACACCGCAACAUCACACAUAUCCAGGAGCCACACUGUAUGUCAAGAGGACGUGGUGGCAUGUCACUUUCCAGAUGUGUACUAGAGUGGUGUGUUUGUGGUUAGUCCUUAUGACGCAGAUGGGAUCUUCUACUGGUGUGUGUGGUCUUGGAAACGAAAUGGUGUAUACGGA